AUGGGCGCAGCGGCAUCCACAGCCAGGGACAGCUUGGGGGCCGGCGCAGCGGACGGCGGCAGUGGACCUCCUCUAACCUGCAAACUCAGCGACGACCAGGUGGCCGCGUUCGCGAGCAGCUCCAACUUGACGCCGGACGAGGUGAUCGCUCUGCACGUGCACUACGACCUCAUCAGUUCUGCGAAGCGAGAUGACGGACUCAUCGACCGCAGCGAGUUCCAGACGGCGCUGGGCUUCACCGUGAAGGAGUCGCUGUAUGUGGACCGCAUCUUCCAGCUCUUCGACACCAACAACGACAACUUUAUCAGCUUCGACGAGUUCCUGCAGAGCGUCUCGGUGCUGUCGUCGAAGGGCGGAACGGCCGAGAAGAUCAAAUUCUCCUUUGACAUUUUAGACUUUGACCGCGACGGGAAGCUGUCCACGCAGGAGCUGCUGAGCAUGCUGGAGGCAUGUAUCCAGGAGAACGGCAUCAACAUCCCCUCCGAGUGCCUCGCCACGAUAGUGGCCAAGACUAUGGAGGACGUGGAUCUCGACAAGGACGGCUUCAUCAGCUUCGACGAAUUCCGCGUCAUGACCGAGGCCAACCUGCAGAUGCUCAACCACGUGACUUUCAACGUGUCCGCCAUCAUCGCCGAGUACAUGCCUGCGCUGCGCACCCUGGAGCUAAAAGCGGCGACUAGCAGUAGCAGCAGUGCCAUGCUGGGCCGCUGUCUGGCCGCGACUUUCUGCGUGAAUGAGACCGGCGCAGUGACCGACCGCCGCCGCGCCCUCCCGUCGAGUCUCGAGCACCCGCAGCAGAGCCGCAGCGCCAUGUCGGGCAACCAGCGCCAGACGCUGCUGGCCGGAGAGUACGCGCAGCGCCGCCCGCUGCCGCACAAGUCGCCGCUCGCGGCCUUCAAGUCGCAGCUGGAGGCGCAGCAGCCGCCGCCCGCGCCGCUGGACGCGCAGCUCCACCAGGAGCAGCAGGAGCAGCAGCAGCAGGAACAGGAGCCGGAGCAGCCCGAGCGGCAGCAGCCCGAGUGGCCCGAGCAGGAGGGCGUCGACGCCAAGCUGCUCUUCGAGGUGGAGCCUGCCGCCGUCAAGAUCGGCCGCGAGAUCGGCAAGGGCGCCUUCUCCAUCGUCUACGCCGGCGACUACAGCGGCCAGCACGUCGCGGUCAAGUGCCAGCCGAAAGACGCAGAGGGCAACAUCCCGGCCUUCGUGCUGCGAGAGGUGCAGGUGCUGCGUCAGCUGCGUCACCAGAGGCUCCUGCAGUUCGCAGGCGCCGCCGACAACGUCCGCGCCAAACAGGUCUGGAUUCUCAGCGAGUACCUGAACAACGGCGACGUGGACCUGUUGCUCAAGGCCAUCCGCAGCGGCAAGAAGCCGCACAUUGGCUGGCACCGCAUGGUGCGCAUUGCACUGGACGCUGCGCAGGGCAUCGAGUUCCUGCAGCAGCGGCACAUCGUGCACCGCGACAUCAAAUCCUCUAACAUCUUGCUGGAUGACCAACACCGGGCCAAGCUCUGCGACUUCGGCUUCGCUGUGGAGAUUAAGCCGGUGGAGGUCACCACGCAUGAGACGGACGCGAGCAAGCAGCGUCGCAAGUCGUACUGCGGCACGGACGCCUACAUGGCGCCAGAGAUGUUCCUGGACGAGGACUACGACCAGAGCGUCGACAUCUUCAGUUUUGGUGUAGUGAUGAUGGAGAUGCUCUGCUGUCGCGUUGCCAACGCCGAUGGGUUUUUGAUGCGCCUACCGCAGUACAAGUUCCAGGUUCUCCUGCCAGAGUUCCGUGACGCCCUGCCCGCCUCAUGCCCACCGGCGCUCUCAACGCUUGCGGAGAAGUGCGUGUCAUUCGAGCCAAGUGAACGCCCAAACAUCGGUGUCAUUGUGCGGACCCUUGAAGAUGUGCUGAAGCAAACGAACAGCUCCCUUCAUGACAACGUCGAGCUUGUUCCGUUUACGCCAGAUGAGCGUGAGCCGCAGAUUGAAGAGGACGACGAUGCAUACUACGGCGAGAAUGAUGAAGACGAUGACGACGGCGAGGACUAUGGGGAGGAGGAGGAGGAAGAAGAAGAGGAGGAGGAAGAUACCAGUUACAGCUUACAGGCGAAUGGCCGUCACAACACAAUGGGCAUGGAUUCGGACGAGGACGACCGCAACGUGCACUCGCAGGUAGUUGACGACCCCUUCUUAGACGACGAAAGCGUUGAUAGUGACGUGUUGGCGCAACCCGCGUCACCCGCUCCUUACCACGAAGGGGUGAUCCUCAAGCGCAGUCGCCGUGGAAAGCGCUCGUGGGUUGAGAAGUGGUUCAUCGCGGACCACGACCAGCUUCACUACACAGACGUGCCUCCGCGCUGGAAACAGCAGCAGCAACAGAAUGCGGAGUGGCGCUGCACACUGCCUCCCAUCUCUUCGCUGUCGCUGCGCGAGUGCCGGAUCUGGAAGACCAUGGAGAUGCCUGAACUGCGGUUCAAUGUGAUCGACAGCAACUGGAAGAUCAAGCGCGAGCUCCAGGCGGUAUCCAAACGCGACCUUGAGCUAUGGAUGGAGCUCAUCAACCAAGGCAUCGACUACGCUAACGAGCUGUACGCGCGUGAGCACGAUUUGCCGAACAAUAGUACCACAGGAACAAGUGCGAGCAGCAGCAAUGCAAGUCGCCCCAGCCGCAAUAAGUCCAAGCAACAGUCGCAGGGCCAGGCAUCGUCUACUCCGCAGGAGCAGAGGCCGAAGGCAAAGUCAGAUGCUGAUGCCCCACGGAAGAUCAGGCGCCGAAGUAGUGCUACAGCCAAGUUUGAAGAACCACCUGAACUGCCCGAGACUGACGAGGACCGUGCUGAUGAGGUGUACCUCUGGCUCAAGCAGAUCGGGUUCCAGAGAUAUACGCCAAUGCUCAAGGCGAAGGGCUUCGACUCGCUUGACUUCAUCCGCGAGACUGGCAUUGAAAUGGAGGACCUCAACUUCGUGGGCAUCAAGGAGCCCGUGGCGCGCAAGGCAAUCCGAUCAGCAGCUAGAACACUGCGCGGUGAUGAUGACGAUUGAUUUAGCGGACGAGAUCGGUUCUUGUAUCUUGGUGGCCUCAUGCAUGCGGCGUAAGGUAUUCUCGUG